AUGGUCAAUCGAGUGUGUUGGCGAUGUCACUUCCUUCAGCGGCAGCCCUCGCAGCCGACUCGAGUUUCCCUCUACCGUCAACAGACGCGACCUUAUUCUGUCCAUUCGCCUUUACGAGCCACUCCAACUCCCGAGAGCGCACCCAUCCCGAGUCACUCUGCUGCUCAGUUUGCAGGUAUCGGCUCGAUCAGCGGCCUAGACCCGAGCAAGAUCCAGAAUGGUGUACCGGAAGUCAGACAGCAUUUACAAGGGUGGUUCAAACGGCAUUUGGAAGAGGUCAAAUCCCAGGUCGAGGUGCAAAGCGACGAUGGAAAGGUAGCAGAACACGGCAAAAUCAAACAUCUGCCCGACUCGUUAUUCAUGAACGAGCCCGAGGCAGAGCGCAAUGACGGCGAGGACCAAUCCGCCAUCGAUCAAUAUGACGACCUCACUCAAGGGUUGCCACGCAAUCGUUUCGAACCUGGCGAUCUGCUGCUGGGGCAAUUCAAUGGAGCCCGCCGCAUUGCUACCGUCUAUCUGGGCAAAUGCGAAAGUCAAGAGCAGUACUUUAUGAGCACCGGGCGAUGGGCUCAAGCUAAGACAAACCACCAUAAUUCCGAUGUCAUCAAGGGCUGGGCCUCUGAGGAGGAAAUGGCACCCAUCCGAGCCUUGCUGCCCAAGAAGCAGAUCGUUCGACGCAACGACAAUGGCAUUCCAGUUGGUGUUUCUUUCAUCUCGAAUCUGGAGCAUAGCAACAAUGUCGAGAAGCCACUCCUUCGCCGUCUUCAGCUGCUGGAGGAGCAGAUCGUAGAGUUUCGUCGGAAGUUCCACCCGCUGCUCGAUGAUGCUUACGAGCGUCUCGCUCAAGAGAACGAAUUCGUUACCCUUCAAUUUUCCGAUUUCGCACGACAAUUGCUCGGCGAUGAUGCUGACCGCCUGGGCGACGCUGCGAGGCUGUGUAUAUGUCGUACAGCUAUUCAAAACCCUACCAAGACCUUCAUCUUCUCCAGUUUCGACCAAUCAGUUCUGCAGGUUCUCAUGGGCCCCAAGAGCGCAGUCAGACGUUUCGAGAAGGUCGUGCAAUGGACCCGAGAAUACCAGGAACUGGCCGCCGUCGCCGUCAGAGGAGAAAGUAUCUCGGCGAGAAUGGUCAACAGUCCAAUCUACAUGUUCAUGCAGAAGGCCAGGAAAAUCAUCAAAAAAAGCAGGGCGAUUCGCCAGCCUACGAUCAUUGGCUGUAUUGGUCCCACAGGAGGCAAUGUCCGGGGCCCACGAGUCAAUGGCGAAGGCGGCUCCGACAAAGACGGAACCGUCUCCUUGCGACCGUCUGGCGAGGUAUUCAGCGACAGCGACAAGGCUAUUCUCGAAUUCAUCUGGGAUACUCACAUCCGCCUUCCUGCGAACUUGAACAGAACCAAGCACCAUUCUGUUAGCACUGUCAUCCUUCGUGCCAUCGGUGCCUAUCCCCAUAUGGUGCUAGAAGAUAAGAUCGGCCGCCUCGUGCUACAAGAGAUGGGAGCCAUGGCGCCGUGGGCUGGUGCUGCCGAUGACAACCUUCUGUUCCCGAUACCAGGCCGCAAAGCAGCCCACAAGACGAAUCAAUUGCUUGAGUCAGCCGAAGCGGCUCUGGAAAAGCUUCCCAAGCAACCUGCUUCCGGGCACCCUCAAUUGCAAGACACAAUGGCUGAUUUGCGCGAGGACCUUGGCUCAAUGGAGGUAUUCUGCAUCGACGACGCCGGCACCACUCUCGUAGACGACGGCGUAUCCUUGGAAGAGUGUAUCGACCGACCGAACUGCUGGUGGAUACAUACCCACGUAGCACACCCUGCCGCCUCUUUCGACGCGCGGUCGGAAUACGGUCGCCUUGCCCGAAACCAGCAGUCAUCAUGGUAUACCACCAACGCUGUGUACCCUAUGAUUCCCGAUGUGCUUGGCGAAUCGCUGAACCUGGAGCCUGGAGCCGCGGCCCUGACCACGAGCAUUUUGCUCAGUGAAGAGGGUCAGAUUCUGGAUACCAAGAUGAGACUGACUCGCGUUCACAAUGUUGUGACGUUGACCCACGCUGCCGUCGAUCACGUAGUGGGCAUAGAGCGACCGAGCAACGUCAGCCUCAUUGUUGGCUCCGACCUGGAUAUGCAGCCGUCAUCGGGUCCCGACCAGCAUCAAGAGCACAUAGAUCAAGCCAGACGUCACGAGAAGACGCUGAAAAAGAUGAGGUCGCUUUUGACUGCGCGCAUCAAUGCCAGAGAACGCGAAGUGCUCGAGCCUCUGAACCUCCCCAUGAAAUCACUGGCUAAAAGCGACAUCGAAGUCUCUUUCCUCGAGGAGUACGAAAGCACAAGACUACACCAAAGUAUUCAUUACGAAGGCGACCCGACUAUCGUGGUAAAAGCGCCUGUUUCUACAGUAGAGGAUUUGGUCCCUGCAGACAUGUUCCGCACCCAAGCGAGCCUUGUCACCAAUCUCAUGAUACUGACCUGUGAAAGUGCCGGCAAGUGGAUGGGCGAUCGGGGCAUUCCUGCCAUAUACACUGGUGCUCUGUGCGACCCUUCCUUUCCGGUUGGUGAGCUGAACAAGAUUGCUGCUACCAUGCGCAAAAACAAAGGCAAGGGCGCGGACGCUGCGUUCUUCAUAGGGCCCCGAGCUGCCGAGCGGGACGUCCCUGUUCCGCAUACCGGAUUGAGCGUUGGUGCUUAUGCGCGCGUCACCAGUCCCCUUCGCCGCUUCGAAGACCUGCUGAAUCAAUGGAACAUCGGCGCCUAUCUCAGAGCAGUGGCCAACGGUCACAUUGCCGACGGCCAGCUCCUCGACGAAGAAAAUCAACAACCCUACCCCGUCCCUCGCUCCGAAGUCCGCGAUAUAAUCGCACGCGACCGGUGGAUCAUCAACGAGGGCGCCUACCAAGCGAAAAAAGCGCAACAGCACUGGAUCUUCCACGCGCUCUUCCGCGCGUUCCAUUUCCGUGAAGCCCAACUACCACAAAUCUUCGACAUGCGAGUCAGCUCCAUCAUUCAGGCACCCAAGGUCGCCCACAAGGACAAGACGGGGUUGUGGGGGGAGUUGAGGCCGUUCGGUAUUGGUGCGCUGGUGUUGAGCAGCGCGGAGGGGUUCGAGAAGCAGGCGAAGCUGUCGAGUUUCUUGCCCGUGCAGAUCGAGACGGUCGAUGUGGCGGCGUUUAUGGUGCUGGUGAGGCCCGUGGGGCCGCCGACGGAUACGCCGCAGCAUGUUCCUGUUGGGGGGACGGUUUAUCAGAGUGUGGCGAGGGAGGAGGCGAUGAGGAAGAGGAAGGAGAGUGGUCGAGGAAAUGCGGUACCGUAA